UAUAACUUUACCCCGUUGGGGGCCUCAAGUUUGUUAGCCAAUCAAUGGCUUGAAUAGGCACGCGAUAGCUUGUGUUUUGCACACGUUAACCUUUUCAUAUACAUGGGAUUCAGUGAAUACAAAUUGUAAAGCGGAUCAAAGUUUUUUCAUUUUGUUCAAAUCGAAGGAUCCAAAUUUAAUUUCUAUAACAACAAGGAAAAUGUCAAAGACCCCUGCAAAACGUAAACGUCUUAGAGCAAGGGAAAACAAUGAUGUUCCUGGACCUUCUACAGAACCAGACCAUCAUCCGCUGUCCAGUGUGGUGCCAAUGAUUGACUAUGCGGAGCUGGCAAGACACAUUGUGUAACAACAAGCAAUCCAAGGACAGGCGGAACAACAGUUGGUUACCGAAAACAAUGUACAGGGGAGCCAGCCAGAAGCUGCAACACCCACAAUGACCUCAGCAACAGUGUCAGGUGGAACCCAUAGUGUGGGGGCUACCAAUGUCCUACCUGGACCACAGUCUGUCUCCCCCAUGGACACCCCCAACAUUUCUAAUGUGGGUUCGAUUUUAGAUGUAGUUUUCUCAGGUGAGUCAGUAAGGUCUCCACCAAUCAAGAUGUUAGAUGCGGUACCUUUAGGUGCUACGAUUUCGGUUAAAUUGAAAAAUAAGAUUUGGGCAAAUGAGUUUGUUGAUUUGCGCUCACUUCUUCCUGAUCAAUCUGAAGAACCACUCUCUAUCACCAUCAAAGCUGGUAAAAUUGAUGUGGAGCACACAUCUAAAAACAAAUCACCCCUCAGCAUUAAUCAGUGGACUGAUGCAUUUUUGAUUUUUUCCACUAUUUACAUACAGAAAAAUCCCCAGGAGGCUGGGAAUCUGCUCAAGUACUGUUUUUCAGUGAGGGAGAUGAGCCACAUAUACAUUGAUUCAGCCUGGAGGGGCUAUGAUGAGAGUUUUAGGCGGCUCAGAGAAUCUCACACACUGCCUUGGGAAAAUUCUGUCCCAGAAUUAAGACUCAAGGUAGCCUAUAUGGGGUUUAAGGUUUCUGGAAAACCAGCAAACCAGACUUAUGGGAAACAGAAUCCUUUUCGUCCCUUCUCGGGUAAAGUCUGCUUCGCAUUUAACAGAGGUCAGCAAUGCGCAUCAAACCCCUGUAAAUACGCUCACCUUUGUCAAGAGUGUACCGGCAAACACCCAAAAUCUAAAUGUUUUCAAAGGGAAAAGCAACAUUUCAAAGGAGGCAACAGGCAAAAACAAUCUGCCAACGCCUAUACACCCAACAAACCUGCAAAGUGAGCUCCAAGGAUACCCCAUUGAUAAAGUAGAAUUUUUUAUACAUGGGGUUACCCAUGGUUUUCGUUUAGGCUGCAUUGGCUCGCCAGACACGCAUGAACCUCAUAAUCAUAAAUCUGCAUUACAACACCCGGAAGUGAUAGAGGAAUAUAUUAAAAAAGGUUUAGACACUCAGAGAAUACAUGGUCCAUUUCCCUCUCCUCCUGUUACUAAUUUUAAAACCUCUCCCUUGGGGGUGGUCCCUAAGUCGGACCCUGGGAAAUUUCGGAUUAUCCAUGACCUUUCUUUUCCACAUGGUCAUUCUGUAAAUUCUCUUAUCCCCCAGAGGCCUCUGCAGUUACUUAUGACUCCAUUGAUACGAUUAUCUCACUUGUUCAAAAAUUCGGAAAACAUGCACUUAUGGCUAAGUCUGACAUUAAGGAUGCCUUUAGGAUCAUGCCUGUCAAUCCCUUAGAUUACCAUUUAUUAGGUUUUGUUUGGAAUUCUGCGUUCUAUUAUGAACGAUGUCUACCUAUGGGGGCAAGCAGUUUAUGUCAAAUAUUUGAACAAUUAAGCAAUGCCUUGCAGUGGAUUAUGUAUACCAAAUACAAUGCAUCUGGCAUCUCUCACAUUCUCGAUGACUUCUUCUUCAUAUCACAUGCAAAAUCUUCCAAGUGCAAAGAUGAUCUUACAAAUUUUUUGUACCUGUGCAAGAAAACAGGUAUCGAGUAUUUGCAGCAUUUUGAACGGCAAACGGAA